GGAAAACGAUCGCCGGUCCGGCUCCCCCCUCCUGCGUUUCUUCUGUCAUCUUCACCGCCCGCCGCUUUCUCCACCACUCUCACGACCCGACCGCCGCCCCCCCAUCGGUAUGCUUUACCACUCAUUUUUUUCUCUUUCUUGCCUUCUUUGCUGGUUGCCGGGCUCACCGCAAUCGCGCCAGUUCGAUAGACGACGAACUGUGUGCAUGCUUGCCUGUCCCCGUGCCCGCCCAAUCAACCCAACCACUCCACACACCACACCGCACUUAUCCAUCACCCACGCUCCACUCCACUCCACUCCACCAUCAUGAAUCAUUGCUUCCAUUUCGCUUCACUGCCAUGCUUUCUGCACCUAGUAGCCCACCGUCCCAUGGACAAAGUUCAUUCAUCCCACCUGCCUUCCAUGCUCGCCAUUAUCAUUAUUUUGCUGCUAAUUCUCUCACCCUUUUUAUUAUUAUUAUCAUUGCUAUUUUACUCGUGAUGCGUCCCUCCGCCUUCCCCGCCCUCCUCUCUCUCUUCUCUCAUCUCACUCAUCCCGUCAUCCCACCUCCCUGCGCUCCCAUCCCGUCAGUCGCACCUUCAAUCUGCACAAGCAUAGCCCUUCUUCUCCCUCUCAAUCUACUUAUCUCCCCUCCCCCCCCCUCGAUUCAUUUGCUGCCACUUUGGUCUUGUUGGGAGCCAAGCAGCGGCUCUUUGAUUCUUGCUCCGAUUUAUGACGUUUCUAUUAUUCUCCUUUUUCUUUCUUCUUUCUUUCUUUCUCUCUUUCUCUCUUUCUAUUCGAGGGUAGACUUGAUUUCCUUGCGAACAAAUGGUCUUGUACAGUAUACAAUUGAUUCAGACAACACAUCGAACUGGAACAUGUCGUUCAUCACGCAUGGUGCAUGAUGGUGCUUGGUGUGCAGUGUGAUCGGGUCGUAUUGGACAUGUCGGCCAGGUGCCGUCUCGAGAGCUUUCAAUUUGGAUGAUGGACUGAAACAAGA